CUAUUAUCUAACCAUAAUUCAUCACCCUAUGAAGCAUACUAAGCUAUAUUUGACGUUUCAGGAAAACUCCGCUGUGAUGCCCUGGAGAUCCUUCCCACGUCAUGGAUCGAAAUUCUCAACACUACAGAGUCCCGUCUACGGAUAUGACAAUACCAGAACAUACCACAUACAACCAAGACCAAACCAGCCUGACAAGAGGAAAAAUUCCAUCCCAAGCGCACUAACAGCCUCACACGGCGGGAAUGACACCCACCACGAAGCGAAGCCAAGCUCAACAGGGGUCCACAUCCCAGCCAUCUCCUCCCAAUCUCCAAACCCACUCCGGCAAGGUCACACAAUAUUCAGAUACUAGGAACCAAAUGCUUACUGACGAUGAUGUUGAAAAUUAAUAAUCGGAUCCGCCGUGUUGGACGCCGUAUCCAUAGUCAGUUUUAAAUCAACUAAUUAUAACGACUCGUCGGUGGAGUAAAUCCCUCGAGUUGACUGUCAUGAGGGUCAUUGAAGGUGGAAAGGUGGGUGGUGGGU